ACUCUGACUCGAUGAGCGCGGAAGUCUUCCUUCUCGAUGACGGCCACUCGCUCUCGUUGCCGACUCCGGGGAAGGUUGCUUCCGGCGUGGGGUCCUCUCAUCCUCCCCUUCCUCCAAAAGAAUACUCCCUACCAAAAGAAUCGCCAUCCAAGACUGGAGAGUCACAACGAGCUACCGUCGGCGCUGGUUAUCAGGGAAGAAAGUGUUAAGUAGGUUGUCAAAGAAUGGGAGGCUGCCCUUCUUGUCCAAACCCAAGUUACAAUAGUUCAGUGAAUUACGGAGUCUAUAUAUUGUCCGAUUCUGAGUAUCUGAAAGCGUCAUCCCCCCUUCCUCCGAAGAAGAUUUGCUGCACGCACGUAUUUGGUGAGCCUUCCUCGGCGAUCAGCGCACGAUCCUCUGUGAGGAGACGCUGCUCGGUCCUACAGUCGACCAUGGCAACACUCGGCAACAGACGCAACGGAGGCAACGCCAGGAAACGCUUGUGGUGCGCCAUCCCCGUUUCUUGCGCCGUAUUGAUCAUCAUUUCUUUUACCUUCAUAUUCAAUCUCGGGUAUAAGCAUCGCGCAGUAACGCCGGAGGUGAUGAUAACGCCCAUGGCUUCCCCGUCCAUGGGCUCGCCGCCGCGGCCGCCGGUCGUCGAUCGAUGCUCUGGGCGAUACAUCUACGUCCACGACCUGCCGGGACGGUUCAACUCCGACAUGAUCAGCAGCUGCCGCACGCUUAGCAAGUGGACCGACAUGUGCCCCUUCGUGUCAAACGCCGGGCUGGGUCCCCGGCUCAACAACGCCGAAGGGGUCUUCUACGGCGCCGAGUGGUACGCCACCAACCAGUUCGCUCUUGAGCUCAUCUUCCACAACCGAAUGAAGCAGUACGAGUGCCUGACCACCAACUCCUCCCUGGCCUCGGCCAUCUUCGUCCCCUUCUACGCCGGCCUCGACAUCGGCCGCUACCUGUGGGGUUACAACACUUCGGUGCGUGACGCCACAUCGAGGGACCUGAUCAGGUGGCUGAAGUCGAGGCCCGAGUGGUCGACGAUGGGCGGAAGGGACCAUUUCAUGGUGGCGGGGAGGAUCACAUGGGACUUCAGAAGGUUGACGGACGACGAAGUCGACUGGGGAAGCAAGCUGUUGGUGAUUCCAGAGGGCAAGAACAUGACCGUGCUAGUCAUCGAAUCCAGUCCUUGGCACAAAAACGAUUUCGGAAUACCGUAUCCCACCUAUUUCCACCCUUCCAAAGACAGCGAGGUGCAGCAAUGGCAAGAGAGGAUGAGGAGGAUCAGAAGGCCUUGGCUGUUCUCCUUCGCGGGCGCCCCACGGCCGAACAUAACAGAUUCGAUUCGCAACGAGAUCAUCGGCCAGUGCCGGCAGUCUCGGCGGUGCAAGUUGUUGGAGUGCGACAACGGGCGGAGCAAGUGCCACUCGCCGAGCAGCGUCAUGGGGAUGUUCCAGCGAUCGAUCUUCUGCCUGCAGCCGCAAGGGGACUCCUACACGAGGAGGUCGACGUUCGAUGCGAUGGUCGCAGGGUGCGUGCCGGUGUUCUUCCACCCGGGGUCGGCUUACGCGCAGUACGUGUGGCACCUGCCGAGGAACCACAGCGAGUACUCGGUGUUGAUAUCGGAGGAUGAGGUGCGAGAUGGGAAGGUGAGGAUAGAGGAGGUGUUGGAGAGAUUUGGGAAGAAGGAUGUGAUGGCUAUGAGAGAAGAGGUGAUAAGGAUGAUACCGAGGUUGGUUUACGCAGAUCCCAGGACCAGACUGGAGACGACGAACGAUGCCUUCGAUGUGACCGUGGAGGGAGUGAUUCAGAGGGUGAAGGAUAUAAAGGGCGGAAGAAUUCCAGAUUUCAGCGAACAGGAGAGUUGGAAGUACGCACUGACGGGAAGAGGGGGAGAACACGAGUGGGAUCAUUUCUUCAACAGAACAACUCAGUAACACAUGUCAUCACAGUGAUAGAUACCGAUGCUGGACAUUGCACGCACAUGAGAUCUGUGAUGAAUCUGGGGAUUCAUUCAGGUUUAACUUAUAUAUUUCGGUUGCCGAUGAUGGCAUCAUUUACAAUUUUGAUCGUAUUUCUUAUAUCGACCACAAAAAAAAGGAAAAAUGUAUUAGAGUAUUCCUAUAUUGAUUAUUUAAAAAAAAAGGAGAAAAAAAAAAACUUAAUUGAUAUUGGAGAAAGCGGGGGCGGAGUGACUCGUUUCGGAUCUGGAUCCGAAUCCAGAUCCGAGAUGGAAUUAGGCUUGCAGAGCAAACCCGACAAGAGCUGCCCCUGCAAUUUCCUUCGGAGUAUUAGUCAACAGCAGGUCAACAUAUGAUGAUGAUGAUGAUGAUGAUGAUGAAAAAUAAUGUAAAAUUGAGACACUGGAAACUGACUCUGGAAAAUUA